AUGAAUUUUAUUUCUCAGGAUUCUUUGGUGAAUAUAAAGUUCAGAAGAACAGCAUGUCAGUCGAUCAUGUGGGCCGUGUUGAGCAGAUGCGUCACACUCUUGACCAGCGGGUCAGUCACAGUAGCGACUGCAUGUUUCGUUGGACUCUUGAAUGGACUUGUGGUUAGUGUUGGAAGCAGCCAGAAGGUGCCGGCGGGGGAAGGAAGGUGCUGGAAGCGGUCCGGCGGGUGUCCAGCUGUCUUUUCUCCCCUCUUGACUGGCGGCUCCAACUGAGGGACAAAAAUAUCCCAAACUGAGGCUCUUACGGCGAGGGAAAUACAGGCGUUUGAAAUGUGUGCAAAUGUUUGCUAUCUGAAAGAGCAUUAAAUCUCUAACGCAGUAAUUGCUGCGUGUGCCUGUUUCUGCUCUCUCCACAGUCCUCUGGACCUCCGGACCCGGACCGUCCCGUCCACAGCCUCACGCCUCACCUCGACACCCCCCUACUGAACCCCAACAUGGUACAGCUGGAGCCGUCAGCUAUUUUAGAAAGUGCCAGUGAAUCCCAGCUGUCAGUCUGAAGCUCACUGCGGUCCGAGAAGAAGACAUGGAGUUUGUGGAAGUGUUUGACUCUCCAGGGAAAGGCCGGGGCCUGCGGGCCACCAAAGAGGCUUGGGCCGGAGACGUUCUGUUCGCUGAAGCCCCUUUCGCAUCUGUGGUGUUUGACAGUUACGCCGCCAGGGUCUGUCACGGCUGUUUCCGGCGUCAGGAGAAGCUGCAGCGAUGCGGGCAGUGCAGGUUUGCGCAGUACUGCGACAGGACGUGUCAGCGCGCCGCCUGGGAAGAACACAAGCAAGAGUGUGCUGCGAUCAAGAGCUACGGCAAAGUGCCCAAUGAAAACGUCCGUCUCGCCGCCCGCAUCUUGUGGCGUUUGGAUAAGGAGGGCAGUGUGGUGUCGGACAUGCAGCUGACCACCCUGGACGAGCUGGAGGACCACAUCUAUGACAUCACCGGCGAUGACCUGAAGGACUUCAAAGUCGACAUACACAAUUUCCUAGACUUCUGGCCUCGUUCCAGCAAACCGCACACGGUGGACAGCGUCUCGCACAUCCUCGGAGUGAUCAACUGCAACGGGUUCGUGGUGAGCGAUCAGAGAGGUCUGCAUGCUGUUGCCGUCGGCUUGUUUCCCAACUUGUGUCUGGUCAACCACGACUGCUGGCCCAACUGCACCGUCAUUCUCAACAACGGCAAUCAGUCGGCUGUCGAUACUAUGUAUCACUCUCAGAAGAGAAUCGAGCUGCGAGCGCUGGGUAAGAUCAGUCCCGGAGAAGAAGUGACCGUGUCGUAUGUGGACUAUCUCAACCUGUCUGAAGAUCGCAGGCGUAUGCUGAAGCAGCAGUAUUUCUUCGACUGCACCUGCGAGCACUGCACCAACAAAACCAAAGAUGACCUGAAGAUGGCCGGAGCAGUGGUGGACGGAGAGAAGGUGCCAGAAGAGAAGGUGAAAGAGAUCACAGAGUACAGCCGGACAAUGCUGGAGAAGAUGGAGAAGGCCCGGAUAGAAGCCAACUACAACGAGGUGGUGAAGAUCUGCCGCGAGUGUGUGGAGAAGCAGGAGAACGUCCUGGCCGACACGCACAUCUAUCAGCUGCGCAUGUGGUGCACGCUCAGCGAGGUGCUGUCCUACCUGCAGUUCUUCGAGGAGGCGUCUACAUACGCGCGCAAGAUGGUGGAGGGAUACCUAAAACUGUACCAUCCCAACAACGCUCAGCUGGGAAUGGCUACGAUGAGGGCCGGCGUGACGCACUGGCAGGCGGGGCUCAUAGAGGUCGGUCACGGCAUGAUCUGCAAGGCUUACGCCAUCCUGAUGAUCACCCACGGCCCGACACAUCCCAUCACCAAAGACCUGGAGGCCAUGCGUGUGCAGACGGAGAUGGAGCUGCGCAUGUUCAAGCAGAACGAGUACGUGUAUCACUCGAUGCGCGAGGCGGCGCUGCAGAACCAGCCCAUGAAGAUGAUGGCAGAACCGGUCGCCGAGAGCAUCAAGGGCCUGUUCCGCAGGAAGUGACCUCACGCUCGCGAUCCACUGUGACAGACACGCUCAGGUCAACCGUAGACUCGCGUUUUACGUUCAUGCAGCUUUUAUUCUAAACGAUAAUAUUAAACACUGUUAGAAGAAGCUUCUGUGUGGAGCUCAGUUUGAAGAACCCUUUAAACACAAAAGAUUUAUAUAAGGAGAAAUACUUUCAUGUUUAAUGAGUUAUUUCAUGUUUUUUUUUUUUUCUAGUGAUAAAGUAUGUUUACAAACUGCAUAAAAAAAACUGAAUUAAAACCAAAUUAAUUAAUUAAACCUAAAUCCAGUGCUUGUAAUUGUUUUCAUGUAAUCUGGAUUACAUAAUCAGAUUCCAGAAAUGAACUACUUGUAUUUUGAUUACUUUACAUUUUAAAAUACUCAUAGACUACAGUUAUUAUUCUAUUGAUCACAUGAUUACAUGCUAUUCUUACAAUGGCAGUAAAUUAUCAUUGAUUGAUCAUUGAUUUUUCCUACUACUACUUCUUUUUUAUCUUAAGCUUGUAUCCGUUCAGAAGGUUUGUGGAUUCGCACACACAGCAUUUGAUCACUGGAUUUACAGAAAUCAUUCACUCAACAUCGCACACACUCUAAAAAUAACUGUAAAAAAACUAAACAAAUUUACAGAGUAAAAUGCCGUUUUCCAUCGGAACAGUAAUAUACUGUAAAAACAAUGCAUUCUGGGUAAUACUGUCAUUUUCGAGAAAGUAACCUAUAAACUACUUUCUUGAAAAUUACAAAUAUAUUCGUGUUUACCGUAUGUUACUUCUAUAUUACAAUGCAUUCUGGGUAAUAUGUCAUUUUCGAGAAAGUAUCCUUUAGGCCUCUUUUUUUUAAAUGACAAAUAUUACCCAGAAUGCAUUGUUUUAUGGUAUAUUACUGUUUCAAUGGAAAACGGUAUUUAACUCUGUAAAUUUGUUUUUUUUUUUUUGUUAUUUUUGUGUGUAUGCAAUCAGCUCCUGACGAACACAUUAAUUAUGAUUGUCUUUGGAAGGCUUUUGUGUUUCAAACACAUUAAAAUGUACAAAUUCAUGUCAUUCAUUCAUUCAUUUCAUAUUUACAUGCAAUAUAUGUACCUGACGCACCCCCUGAGAUUUCAAGUUAAUAAGUUAGGUAAUAAAACAAUAAAAUGUCAUAAAUAAUGAUAAUAAUAGAACCAUGAAUAUAUUAUUAUUAUUAUUAUGUCAGUUAAUGGUCACAUGACAUGCAGAUAAAAUAUUUUUAGCAAGUGUUUGUUUUUUUUAUUAUUUUUUUUUUAUGAUUUAAUUAGUUGAUAGUUUUUCAUUAAACUCAAAUAUCAACAAUGUGAUGAACGAGGUAAUCUAAAAGUAAUCUAAAAGUAAUCCGAUUACGUUAUCUUAAAUGUGUAAGGUGAUGGAUUUUAUUACAAUUUUUUUUUUUGUCAUGAAACUUUGAAUCUGUAACUACAUUUACUACAUUUUGUAAGUAAUCCAUAAAACGAUCCCUUUAAUGAUCAGUACAGAAGCUUUUCCUCUAAGAGUGCAGGUUUAUUAGACAAACCGAAUCUGUACAUUUAGAGAUUUAUCAUUUUCUAAAUCAUGUGACUGUAUCAAGGUCACAUGGGUUUUUUAGACUGUUCUUUGUUUUUGAGUGUAAAGUGUUUUUGUAAUUAAAGGUUUAAAUGAG